AUGCAGUACGAGGAUGAAAUGGACAAACAUCCGCGCGAGUACGCGCCGUAUCGAUCCACACUGGAUGAGCGUGAUCUGGCGCUGGCCGCGCAAGAGCUGCACGAGAAUAAGGACACACGCGACUCGUCCAUUGCACAGUUGCGCGAGUUCAUCGCCAAACAUCCGCAAAUCGUACGAUGUCGCACGGACGCGGUGUUUCUGUUGCGAUUUCUUCGGUACCGGAAGUUUAACGUUGCCGAGGCUUGCGCAACCCUGGAAGGUGGUAUGGCGUUUCUGAUGCGCAUGAGAACACUGUACGGCGAGGAGGUGAACACCUUCCAUCCGAAUGUGCUACGGAUGCUCGAUCUGGACGCGAUCGUACCGCUUGGGUUCGAUCGGAAGCGACGCAUGGCGAUCGUCGUGCGGGUCGGUGCAAUGGAUCCGAAGGAAACGACCGCACUGCUGCAGAUGAGACUUGGGGCACUGGUGAUCAACACGUGUUUGGAGUACGAACGGACACAGGUGCAUGGGACGGUUUGGAUAGUGGACUGUUCCGGGAUGUCGAUGGCACACGUCGGUGCGUGGGGGCUGAGCGAGGUCAAGCUGAUGGCCGAUUCCAUCAACGAGGUCGUGACGAUGUUCGUGAAGGAGGUGCACAUGGUGCAGGUGCCGAGAAUUACCUGGCUGUUGCUGGACAUUCUGCUUCCGCUGUUGAGCCCCAAGAUAAGAGAUCGAUUUAAGUUCCAUCGCACACAUGACGAACUGCGGAACUCGGUAGAUCCCGCGAUCUUGCCCACCACGUACGGUGGUCAGCAAAGUUUGAAACAGGCAACCGAUAACUUUCGGCGCAUGUUCGAAACACAAGCGAAAUGGUUCAAGCUUGAGGAACAGUUCCUGAUGGAUCUUUCCAUACCGGCGCCAGGCGCGAGUGGUCGAUCAGCACGCAACAACCAGCGGAACGAGUUCCCGGGCGAAGAGUCCAUGGUUGGAAGUUUCCGGAAGUUAACCGUCGAUUGAAGGGACAUGCGUAAGGUGUACCCCGAGGGUCUCUUCAGCUGAGGGUCCAUUCCGGUUGUGUGGCAUUCCGGAGAACCAGCUGGUGACCAAUCUAACUACCAAAGAGUAAGUCAAUUAGCAUCCACGACCCAUAGAACGAAACCGGGGGGGUUGGUGUCAUAACGAGCGCGAUCGGUCAGCGUUUAUAGCUUAGAUAAUUAGGAUCGAUACCUGGUGCGGUGCUUAUGUGCGCUUACGUGUGCUGUGUUAAGGGUCCCCGGGGUGGGUCAACAGAAUCUGUCGAUAACUUGUUUUGCCGCCAAGUUCUGGUGCCUUGUUCACAAGGAAGUGGAGAAAAGUGUAGAUUGUAAGGUAGUAUUUAACAAUGCUUUUAUUGUUACAUUUCUUACACGAUAAGAAAGCGAACGCGUACGCUCGCUUACGAUGCACGAAGGUUACCGGCGGUGGGUUGUGAACAUAGCUUUAUAAGAGGUGUUUGUAAAACUUUCUUUAAUUGUCAAUGCUAAACGCGCAAUAAAAAGCAUUCCGUUUUGUGGGAUGGGA